AAAAAGCUAAAAAUUGCAUUGCAGCUGGAUCACUUGCAUCUUUGCUGAACCAAAAAGUUUCAUCAUUGAAAACAAAAAGAAUUGUUCAAUCUACAAGGACAAAUGACAAGCAUCAUCUGAAUUUAAUUGAAAAACAACUUCCGCAAUUAGGAUCUCAAGUGCAAGAACAAUUGUUGCAACUGCCUCAGCCUUCUACUUCUCCUCCAACACAAAAUGUACAUGAACAUGUGCAACAAAACUCACUGAACUCUACCUAUCUUGCAUCACAAGCAGUACGUGAACAAUUGCAGCAACUGCCACUGGAUUCCACCACUCGUACUUCACAAACGGUCCUUCUGACGAAAAAAGAAAAAGAGGAAAAACUUUGAUGCCAAGUGUUCAUGGUAGGAAAGAGCGCAAGCUAAUUGUGCUAAACGAGAACAAUCAACCCAUAGGUCCUACUGGUGAUGUUGUAGCAGAGUUGGGUAGCUUCCUCGGCACAUUGGCAAGGAAUGCGACCUUUUGUCCUCUUAAUGUGUUUAAUUGGAGAAAAAUUCAAACAAAAGAAGAUAUGUGGAUAUAUAUCAAGGGAAAAUAUGAUAUUUCUGAUGCUGCAAAAAGGUGGGUUUUUGAUUCGAUUCAGAAUGCUUGGAGAAGGUAUAAGAAUCAACUAUUUAACGACCAUUAUAAACCCUAUGAGAAUGACGAGCUUCGAAUGGAGAAAAGGCCGGUUGAUGUUUCUGAAUCUCAAUUUAGGGAUCUUCUUAAUUAUUGGAACUCUAAUGCCUACAAGAAAAUGUCCCAAACCAAUACCGAGAAUCGCAAAAAGUUGAAAUAUCCACACACUGCUGGCAAAAGAAGUUUUGCUCGAAUAUGCGAGGAAAAAAAGAAAGAAACUUCUGAGCCUCUAUCAAGCAAGGACAUCUUUGUGGCUACGAGAAAAAGAAAAGUUGAUCGAGUAUACAAGGCCUCGUAUGCGGAUACUCUUAAUAAAAUUAUACGAGUUAUUAAUUUAAAGUUUGUUGUUAUCAUUUGUCUGUUCUUAGUUGUAGAAGUAUGAUUUUUGACCCUC